CUUUCCCUGUUUCCCAUGACAACAACAAUCACAACCCAAAUAUUCCUUCAUUUUAUUCUCUACCUCUCCCUUCACAAUCUCAUCUUUGCCAAAACAGCCAACAAUGGAAUCUAUAACCCCUCUGCCUCCAUCCUUGUCAACUGUGGCUCAUCUACUAACGAACACGAUGCCGAUGGUCGGAAAUGGGUCGGUGACACUUCCCCCAAAGCUUCUGCCUCCGGAAUCAUCUCUACCAAAUCAACCCCUUCAACCGCCUCUUUCCAAGAUCCAUCUCUCCCCUCAUCUGUUCCUUACAUGACAGCAGCAAUUUUUGAAUCUGAAGCAACUUAUAAAUUCCCUGCAAGCAAAAAAGAGCGUCUUUUAAUCCGGCUUCAUUUCUAUCCUGCAUCCUACAAUGGCCUAAACCCAGAAAACGGAUUCUUUAAUGUGGUCGCCACCCUUUCCGCCGACGGUGUAGGCGGCAUCACCCUCCUUCACAACUUUAGUGCUUAUAUAACGGCCCAAGCGUUAAGCCAAUGUUACAUAGUACGAGAAUUCUUCCUCCCAAUGAUCAACGACGAUUUCCUCACGCUGACCUUUAUUCCAGCCAUCGUUCAACCCAAAGCCUUCGCCUUUAUCAACGGCAUUGAGGUGAUCUCAAUGCCAGACAUCUUUACCACCACGGCCGUCAUGGUUGGCUUCAGCGAUAGCUCCGUCACCGUUGGAGCAUCCGCCGUACAGACAAUGUACAGACUGAAUGUCGGCGGACAGUACAUUGCUCCGACUAACAACACAAGCUUUAGUCGCACGUGGUAUGACGACACACCAUAUAUUUCCGGAGCAGGAGUUGGAGCCAUAGCAGCCGCCGGGCCACACAUCAAAAUUCAAUACCCGAUGAACUUACCAACAUAUAUAGCUCCGCCGGACGUAUACAGGACAGCAAGGCAGAUGGGGCCAGAUCCGAAAGUGAAUAUACAAUAUAACCUCUCAUGGUCCUUUCAAAUUGACGGCAACUUCACCUAUAUUGUGAGACUCCAUUUUUGUGAGAUCCAGCUUACUGAAGUGAACCAGAGAGUUUUUGAUAUAUUUAUUAAUAAUCAGACGGCUCAAAAGGACGUCGAUAUCAUCGCAAUGACUUCAUCUAUGGCGAUUCCUGUCUAUAGAGAUUACGCUAUUUAUAUUAGCAAUGAAGAACAACUGUUGGUAGCGCUCCACCCUUCGACUGAUUUAAAACCCGAGUUUUUCGAUGCAAUUUUAAAUGGUAUAGAGAUAUUCAAACUCAGUGACGCCGACGGGAACCUUGCAGGGCCAAAUCCAAAGCCUUCAGCGAUGCUUGAGAAUGAGCUACAAAUAACCACAAACGCGCCGAAAUUUCAACCGGAAUAUUCAAGCGAGAAGUCACAUGUGAUAGUUGGCACCGCAAGCAGCGCGGCUGCUGCAGGACUUAUCUUCGCACUCUGUUUUGUGGUUUAUCAAAGAAAGAGAAGAGCUAAUGAUAAUGAAUCAGAGGUCAGCGCCUCCGGCUGGCUCCCGCUUCACAGAAAUUCCCAUACUACUGUAAGCAAAUCCAACAUGUCCUCAAAAACCUGCACAAGCAGCCACCUUUCGACCAUGGCGGCAGGUCUCUGCCGCGAUUUCUCUAUUUUCGAAAUAAAACAGGCAACAAAGAAUUUUGAUGAGUCCCUUAUCAUUGGUGUCGGCGGAUUCGGCAAAUUCUACAGAGGAAUAAUUGACAGAGGAGCAACGAAAGUAGCUAUCAAGAGAGCAAAUCCUGAUUCAGAACAAGGCUUGCAUGAAUUUCAAACAGAAAUCGAAAUGCUCUCCAAACUUCGACACAAGCACUUAGUCUCACUCAUCGGAUACUGCAAAGAAGCUAAUGAGAUGUGUCUAAUUUACGACUAUAUGACUAACGGAACACUAAGAGAACAUCUUUAUAAAACAAACAAGCCUGCUCUGUCAUGGAAACAGAGACUCGAGAUCUGUAUAGGAGCAGCGAGAGGGCUUCAUUACCUUCACACAGGAGCUAAAGACACAAUCAUUCAUAGAGAUGUAAAGACUACUAAUAUACUUCUGGAUGAGAAUUUUGUGGCCAAAGUUUCUGACUUUGGGCUAUCGAAGACAGCACCAUUGAUGAAUCAGUCUCAUGUAAGCACAGUGGUGAAAGGGAGCUUUGGAUAUCUUGAUCCUGAAUACUUUAGGCGACAACAAUUAACUAUUAAAUCAGACGUAUACUCCUUCGGUGUCGUGCUAUUUGAAGUAAUGUGUGCUCGGCCGGCGCUCAAUCCUAGUCUUUCCAAGGAGCAAGUUAGUCUUGCAGAUUGGGCAAUUCAUAACAAGACAAAAGGUAAGAUAAUUGAGAUUAUAGAUCCUUGCCUAAAAGGAAAGAUUAAUUUAGAAUGCUUGAGCAAAUUCGUGGAGAUAGCUGAGAAGUGCGUUUCUGAGCAUGGAAAUGAUAGGCCAGUCAUGGGAGAUGUGCUUUGGAAUCUUGAGUUUGCUUUGCAGUUGCAGGAGAGAGAUGAAGAUGGAGGAGUGAGUGCUCAUGGGAGUGGGAGCAACGUUGAUGUUUUAAACUUAUCAAGUGAAGGAGAUGGGGUCGUUAAUGAAAUGAAAGAAGAUUUGGAUGAAUUAUCUGUCUUCUCGCAGUUUCUCAAUCCAAAGGGAAGGUAAAAAUUAAGAAUGAAGAUGAUAUAUAGACAUCAUGUAGUCAUAUGAUCGUUUUGUCUUGAGGAUAAUAUUUUUCUUAGGUUUGAAUGUUUUAA